AUGGUACCUGAUGUGGCGGAGCAAGGAAGUCUGCCGUCCCUCGCGGGGCAAAGUCCUCGUGCCGGGGCCGCCUUGGACCUCGAGAAUGUGCCAAUGCCGCCGGCGAUGUUUUCUCCAUUGGGUGACCUGGCCUCUGAGGAGCGCUGGCUGCUCGUCAUCCAAAGCAUCGCAGGCCUGAUUGUGAUCGGAGGGUGGAUUGCAGUGAUGCGUGCGCGGAAGCACAGUCCACAAACACUUUUCAAGGUUUACGCCUUUCUUCCUCCGGUUCUCCUUCUGUGUGCCUCCGUUGUGUCUUUCUUCUAUUUCUCGUCGACGCCGCCGGCCUUCUUCCUGGUGACUGAAGGAGAGGAGCUGCCUUUCUCGGGGUCCACCGGAGAUGGCGUUGCGGCGGGACCUCCCGACUCGAGUGUCCUUCUCGGCUUCCCUCGAUCGCGGGCCCCUUGGGACUCCUGGUGUCUCGUGUUUCGGCGGUUUGUCGGCAGCAACUACGCCGCGGUAGCGACACUGGGUCUUUUGGUUCAGGCACUUCUCUGCCUCUGGCGAAUCCUCACCGUCCUCUCUUCUUGUCCCGACUCUGUACCCCUCUCAGAGGACCUCGCCCAGCCAGCCCUGCCAAGUCGGGCCGAAGCGACGCCUUCUUCGGCACCGGCAGCGCUGCCGGGGGGGAAGAAGAAGGGAAGCAAAAGGCGAGGCGGGGGAGCGCGUGAAAGUGAAGUCGUCGGCGCGCCGCUCCUCUAUCUCGUGUGCGGGCGCCCGAAGUCCUCGUUUCUCCCGGAUGAGCACGAGUCUCCCUUUACGUCGAGCUCUUGGUCUAGGGCUCCGUCUGCCUGGUCUCCUGAAUCGUUUCCUUCCUUUCUCCUGGUCCACCCCUCCGCCUGGCUGUGUCUGUACACUGCAACGCUGAUCCCGCUCCAACUUCUUCCCGACUACCCGUCUGUCUUUUUGCAUUUCUGCGAAGCGCUCUGGAUGCUGCUUCUUCUUCUUCGUCACAGUCUCUCCCGAGACAAAACGCGCUUCUCUCUGCAGAUUGAAGACGCGGAUCCUUCCUUCUCUUCUCAAGCACGCAGUGUGCCUGCCCUCGGCGCUUCGGACUUCUUUUUCCUCGGAAUGCAGGCGCUUCAGUGGUUCCUGCUGCGGCCGAUGAUCAACGUGGUGUCUACCUCCGCCCCGCGUCCGGGUUCGGCGUCCACGCACUCCGCAGUCGCCGCUCUGUCUUCGCAGGCGGACCCGCGACGGCACUCGUGUUUCUCCAGUCUUUUCUCCAGUCUCUGCCGGCGGCGCUCGCGUGACGAACCGGAAACGCACGCGCAGCGAGCGGCUCACCGCUCUGCUUCCAGAGAGCGUCUUCCCUCCCCCACUUCUCACUCCGCGUUCCUCACUAGCUCCACGGCUCUCGUCAUCCCGGUCCCGUCCAGGUCGGGAGGCGUUCAGGGGCUAAAGCACGUUGGGCCGCCUCUGUUUGUCGAUGCGGACGGCGACGAGGCUCACGAGUUCUUCCACGUCGGCAUCGACGACGAGGUGACGCACGUCGGCACACAGACGAUGCGACAGGCGGCGCACGCGCGCGUAGUGACGGAGGUCAGCAGCGCGCCCACAUGCAGCUGA